AUGGCUGAACGAAAGAAGAAGCCCGCGGUCGCCAAGGGCAAAAAGCCUGGAAUUCGCCUCAUGACCCCCUAUUCCAUGCAAUGUACUCACUGCGGUGAAUUUAUUCCGAAGGGUCGCAAGUUCAACGCCGGAAAGGACAUCACCGAGGAGCGUUACAUGAGUGUGCGCAUUAUCCGCUUCCUGAUCAAGUGCACCCGUUGCAGCGGUUUGAUUACGUUCAAAACCGACCCGAAGAACGGUGAUUAUGCAGUUGAGAGUGGCGCCAAGCGCAACUUCGAGGCCUGGCGCGACGAGACCGACUCCCGCUACCAUGAGACCGAGGAGCAAACCCUCGAUCGUCUCGAACAAGAACACCUUGAGCAGGAGGAACAAGCCGACCGUGACAAAAUGGCCGAUCUCGAGGAAAAGAUGCUUGACUCCAAGCGUGAGAUGGCAAUCGCCGAUGCUUUGGACGACAUUCGUACUCGCAAUGCGCGUAUUGAGCGCAACGAGGCCCGUGGUGAAGAUUCCGCCUUGGCUACUGCGGCGCAGAAGAAAUUGGACGAGGAAGGCGCCCGCGAGGCCGCCAAGCAGGCGUGGAUCGAAGAGGGUGUCGAAGAGGCUCGUCAAACCUGGAGGGCAAUGCAGAACAAGCCGCGUGUCGAAUUGGAACAAGAAGAAGUACUGCCUGAGCCAGUAAAGAAACUCAACUCCUUCCAGGAAUUCCUGGCCAACGGCUGUCGCGAGAAGGCUGAACGCGAAGCCAAUGAACGUGCCGAACUCCUGAAACGCCCCCACGGCGCCUUGUUAUUGGGUCGCAGGGAGGCUCGGUUAGCAGCUCGUAAAGAGCAAAUCCGACAGGAGAAGAAGGCGGCUCGGGAAUUGGCGGCAAAGCAGAAGCAGCAGACUGAUCAGGCUGAGCAGCCAGCCGACAAGCCGACCGACCAGUCUGCGAAGAAGCCGAACUAG